AAAUAAGAAUGUCAGAAUUACCAGCCAAUUAAGACAUUUCUGGUCCAAGAAAUGAAAAAAAGGAGUUUUUACCAUAAGAAAGAGAGACUACUAAAAAUAACUCUGAAUAAUCCCUUGUAAAAUAAGAAUUGUACAACGAUGAUGAGAUGAAGGCAAUAAUGAUAUCUGGGAUAAAAUCAAUGAUUGGUGGACUAUUAUUACAUAUAGAACUAGGUACAUUUUAUGUAUGGGGUUCAAUAAGUAAAAAUUUAAUAAGAAUUUUAAUUAUAGGUCCAUAUGUAUGUGCUUGGAUGAGAGAGAAAGACUUGAGUGUGACAUUAAAUUAUAUGGCAAUCAUAUUUCCAAUACUUGGUUUAAUAACAAUGUCAUGCCUUUCAUUUGGAAUAAAAAUAGCUGAAAAAAUAGGUUUUAAAUUAACAAUAGGAAUAUGUUCAACGUCAAUAGCUUUGGCAUUUUUGAUAAUAUCAUUUGUACAAGAUAUUGGAGGUUUUAUAGCAGUAUAUUGUAUAAUGGUUGGAAUAUCAGGAGGUUUAGCAUAUAUGUUACCAAUAAUUUGUGGAUGGAGACAUUUUCCAGAUAAGAGAGGAUUAGUGUCUGGUAUAACAAUAGGAGGUUAUGGAUUUGGAUCAUUCAUAUUUAAUUUUGUUUGUAAAGCAAUAGCAAAUCCCAACAAUGAAAAACCAAGUUUAAUCUUUUAAGAAGAUGGAAAAGAUGUUAAAUAUUUUGAUAAUAAUGUUGGAGAUCGAGUUCCAUUAAUGUUAUAGGUGUUGGCAGCUUGUUAUUUAGGAUUAGCUAUAUUAUCAACUUUAUUGAUUCGAUUUCCAAAAGAAAUAGAUGUUGAAAAAUUGAUUGCUACAAUUGAUGCUAAAAAGAAAAAAAAUAUAUAAUCUAAUUAAUAAAUUAUUGUGCCAUCAUCUUAUUUAAGUCCAGAAAAGGAAUGUUAAACAGUGUAAGAAUAUUAAAGUAAAUUUUAGAUCAAAAGGAGUUAAACAUGUAGUAUUUCCAAUUUUAGUUUUAAUUGUUUUAAUGUCAUGUACUUUAGGAAUGUUAAUUUCUAAUUGUUAUAAGUUUUAUGGUCAAGAAUUAGGAAUAGAUGAUGCAACAUUAACAGCUACUGGUUCUGUUGCUGGUGUUAUGAAUGGUUGUUCACGUUUCUUUUGGGCUACUCUUUCAGAUAAAACAUCUUUUAAAUUCACAUUUACAUUAAUAUCAAUACUGAAUUUGAUCACUUCAGCAAUUCUACCUUACAAUACUGAUGGAAUUGGAUAUUUAUUAUUAAUAGCUGUUGUUUAUUUAGCAGAAGGAGGAUUAUUAGCUACAUAUCCUUUAAUAUGUGCAACAGUAUAUGGAAAAAAGAUAGGAGGAUUGAUGUAUGGAUUUCUUUUCUUUAUGAUUGGUGUCUGUAAUAUGUUAGGUUACAUUUUUUACAGAUUUGCAAGAGUUGAUAUUGGUUGGGAAGGUGUUUAUUGGAUUUGUUUUGCUAUGAAUGUAGUUGGUAUUAUCUUGGGAUUAAUCUUAAAAGAAAAAGGAUAUGAUUGGAGAGAUGUAUAAGUCUAAGCAGCAGAUUAAAUAAGAAAUGAGAAUUCAGAACAUCAAUAAUUAUAAUAAGGAUCUUGA